AUGACGGAGAAAACGAAGAAGAACACGACGAAGACGAGAGCAACAAACAAGAAGUCGACGAUGAGAAAAAGUGCGUCGAAACGGAAGAAAGAGUCGAAGAAGCGAAUGAGGAAGAAGGGAAAGACGAGGAAUUCAACAGGCAAGCCAAAAGUUGGAACCCCUCCAUUUUCUCCUUAUCUGUGCGAGUUCAGAAAUCGCGAGUGCCGCCUCGUCGACGUGGUGAACCGUUCAAAACGCUGAUGAUCCACCGGAGGAAGCGUGCGGGAGUGCUGAAAGACGCGAAAAACGCGCGUCAACUCAAGAAGAUUGGAGGGAAUUAUGCGAACUUUCUGAAAUUGGAUCUCAAGGGCGAUCGAAUGGACACGCUCGCUUAGUGAGUCACAGGCACAAAACAGAGCUCUUCUGAAAGUAAAAUAAAGACAUUUUAGCAAAGUGAAAAUGCCGCCGACGUACUCGUCAACCCUGUUCGCACCGCCCGUCGCCGACAAUCAGGAAAAGGUGCACUACCUGUACAGAACGUACAAUUUCAUGGACACGAUCACCAAACACGAGAUGUACAUGCGCACCGCUCAACAGGCGCACGCCACUCCGAAACGAUAUUUGGCUCGCGACGAAGUGAAAUUGCCCGGCAUCUCGAUUUGUUUGAUGGCCGAGUUUCGGAGAAGACGCGAAAAACUGAAAUUGCCGAUGCGGAGACGAUGUCCCGAACACAACAACUUUGGCAUUCGGAUGCUCGAAUCGCCGCGCAUCCUCGUGGCCAAGUAUCAGGUUUGACACACAACACGUCCAUUACGUUCAGAAAACAAACAGAGAACUUUUAGAAGUUCGCCCAGCCGUUCUUUGGUCAGAUGAUCACGAAUAACAAGAAGACGGUGAAAGAGGCGAUGACGCGGGCAGUGCAGGCGCUGAGAGAUGUGGUUCAGAAGAGGGGAAAAGAGGCGAAGGGACGGAUAAAGGUGACGAAGAGAUCGGCAAACGGAUCGAGAAACAGAAGGAAUAGUUUAGAAGUUUCUGAGACGAAACAAGGCAUGGGUCAAGGAUCGGAUGGCGUGCCGACGGACUCCGCUCUUUGUCAAGUUUCCCAGAGACAGACUAUAGUAGGAUUUCCGAUCAUUAGCUCCCAAAAGAUAUUAGUGUUUGCAGCGCGAACGUGGUGAACCGUCAUCCGAAAAUGGUGUACCGCAGACGGGGCGAUCAGGAUCUGUUCAACGAGUUCAACUACCUUCCCUCGCACUUUUCGUUCUCGGUCCACGUGUGUCGAGUGAUCAGGCCGUUCAAGCUGAAAAGAGCGAAACUGGAGAAUUCGCAGUUGAAAAAGGUUUAGUCCGCAUCCGAUUGCGUCGGGGUUGGAGUACUUUGGGUCCAAGCCUCAGCUGGAUCGGUUGAUCUGAAAAAAAAACCGUGUUUUUGCAUAAACCCGGGCUUCUCGGGCUCAAAAAGGUAUACUUAGGGACCAGAUAAUUCGAUCGGUCUGAAACUUGGACCCAAUAUACUUCAAUCCAAGUUCAAGAAAUCUGCAAAAGCCCAGCCUUGUUCUAGUGACAAAAGUUUAGUCCUCUUCAAUCGGCCCGUCGAUGAUCCGUGUUCGAGUGAGCCGCUACUCUCACUUUCCCGCACUCUCGGUCGUCAACUGUGAGUAUUUCGGACAUUGGUUCUUCGAGUAGUUCCUCAUUUUUCAGUCAACAAGAACCAUGAACCACAAACGGCGCUGCCUCCGAUUCCGACUCGGGCUCCGUCGAUCGGAGCCGACAGCGCCUUCUCGAGCGACAGCAAUGCGUCGGCGGCAACCGACACGCCGUUGGACUGGCAAGUGGACUGGAAGUUUACGGACAAGCAGAAGGAGCAUCGAAUGAACAAUAUCGGAGACUAUACGCACAUGACGCUGCAAAAAGCGGCGGAGAAUCAUUUGAGAAUGAGGAAGUGGGCGGAGGGAAUUCGGAGGAAACACGCUUUGUUCAAAGCGAACGAGAGACCCGAGCUGGCGGUCAUUGGAGAUGUGAGUCGUGUCGGCGAGAAUUAUGAGAGCCCACAAUUACAGCUGGAAAAAAUGCACCCGCCGUUGUUGUACUGUAAACUGAGGAGUAUGGAGUUGAACACGUGCAGAAACAACAAGAGACCGGACCCGGCGAUUGCGUUCCUCUGCAAGAAACGUGCCGAAUAUCUCGAGAAGACGUUGCCGUGCAAGAACGAUCCGCGAGUGCUUCUGUCGAAGGGAUGGAAGACGUUCUCGCUGAGAGAGGACCCCGUCAAGUACAAUGUUUUGUCGAGAAUUGUGAGGGAGUUCGUGCUGCGCACGGCCUCCAGAGCUGACAAUAUGGGCGUGGCCUCGGCCAAAUGGCGUUUUCAUGAAUUGAGCAGGUUUUCUCUGAUUUUUGUGGUCAACGGCGAUGAAAAAUGAUUGUUCGACAUGAAAACACACUAAUUCUCAGAAUUAAUGACGUUUUGGCGCAUGCAUUUUUCGCGGACUUUGCUUUUUCGCCUUCGCCGCCGAUCGCCGCCUUAAAACCGCACUUCUCAUUUUGCGCUUUCUUGACCGUUUUCAGACAGAAUUGGUUUUGAGAAUGAAAUAAAUCACGUAAAUACAAGCAUUUUGAGCGCUCGAAUCGCGAAAAUUACCGGAAAGCAACUGAAAUUCACGCAGUUUUAGCCAAAAACCUUCAAACGGAUAAAUGUGAUUUGCGACUUGACCAAAUUUAACGCUCUUGCGCUUAAGCAAUUCGUAAUAGCCUAUACAAUCGGUCUAUUGAGAGACAAAUGAGAAAUUAUCGGUUUUUUGUGGCUAAUCUGGCAAAAAACACAAAUUUUGCUGUUAAAAUUUGAAUUUCGCGCCAAUGUAUCGCUCUAUUGGGCGGGGCGCACUUGCGCCCAUUGUCAGCUCUGGAGACCGUGUGCUGUUUAGAAUAUAUAUUUCAUGUUGAUUUCAGUUGAAGCAGAAGAGCGCGUGGGUGGCGAAGAAUUGUAUGUCGAGAAGCGCGACGGUUGCGAGAUGCGACAAGCAGCCGAUGAGCACAGAGCGAAGUCACAAUCAGACGUUUAUGGUGCUCAUGCUCUUUCUCACUGUCAUUCUCGGAUUUUUCACGAUGGCCAUGAUCGGACUCGUGUGA